AUGCUUUGUGCUUGUGUUGUCUGGGUUGGAAAGCCACCUAGGGAGGUGCUGUCUCCAAAGAAAAUAGGGUGAGAACAGGGUGGAAGGAGGAAUCUGGGCAACCAAAAAGCAGAAGGGGCAUCUCUGGGAUGGAGGGAGAGGGAUGGUAAGGCUGAAGAAGUGCAGACCAGAAUGAGCAGCAAGAAUGUCCGAUUCACAGACAACAUGGCCACAGCCCUUUCCCUGCCCCAUUUCUGCUUUAAGAUAUGGCUAGAGAAGGUUAGUCCUGCAGAGGUGAGGCCCUGGCUCUAGCCCAUCUGCAGCUGAACCUCUCCCCUGCCCCACAGGUCCCUGGCCAAGCAGAUUUCCCUGCAGGCAGCCCUCCGGGACCCCAGGGGCAGUGAUGGCCUGAUGGGGCAGGUGGAAGAGCAGGUGGAAGCCAUGAAGCCAGUGAAGUGAGGUGUGGAGCUGGCUGCCCUCGAGUGCCAGCACCAGUUCCACUCUCCCCGCUGGAACUGCUCCACCCUGCAGGGGCUGCAGGUCUUGGGCAAAGCCACCAUCCAAGGUCAGUGAGGGAGGGGUGGCACAGACAGGCUUGGCAUGGUGUCCCUCCAGAAUGCCUACUGUGCCCUUGGCACAUCAGCCUAGUGUGCCAGAAUUGCACUGGACCCAUCCCCAGAGUGGCCAGUGGUUUCUUCCACAUGCUAACAAGUCUGUCAGCACAGAGCAAACUGAACCAAACGCUCUCACAAAUAUUAGCAUUCUGGAGAAACUCCUUCCUUUUUGGCCAGAUUUGGCAUUUUGCUCCCAUCAGACCAUCCUGGGUACCACCUCUGCAGACUGGUAGAUUUUCCCCCUGACCCUGCCACCCACCCUGCCACAGAGCCACGUCACUUAAUGACUCCCCGCACACCCCGGUGAACACCCUGACAUGUAUUUCUCCCGAGCAGUCUCCAUCAGAAAGCAUGAAGUCUCCAUCCUUCCUGUGUGCAGUGACAGCCUCUUUUCCCACCCUGUGCCCCAUAAGUGCCUUUGCCCUCUGCAGCCUGGUGCCAUCUCUUGUCCUGCUGCAGGCACGCAGCAGUCGGGACAAGAGAUGGCACCAUGCCAUCCAUGCCAUCUCCGCUGCCAGCUUUGCUUCUGCUGUCACCUGUGCCUGCAGCCACGGGGAGCUGCACAAGCAUGGCUGUGACCACAAGAUCCGAGGAGUCAGCCCUGAAGGUGGAAGAAGAAACGGGCAGCAGGGAGAAGGUUUCCAGUGGUCAGGCUGCUCUGAUAACCUGUUUUAUGGGAUUGACUUCUCUCAGGCCUUCGUGGACAGCCCCGAGAGGAGCUGCGGUGUCUCCUCCAGCCGAAUGCUCAUCAACCUGCACAACAAUGAGUCAGGGAGGAAGGGCAGCCCCAUGCUCCCAGAGGAGUCUGCAUCCUUCUGCCUUUCCUGGCCCAGCACUGUGCUGAUUACCCUAAGCUGGCUCCUGCUUGUGUGGAGGGGGGUCCCAGCCUCCCCUCCACUCUUCUGUGCAGUCUCCUUUUCCUCACACCCCACCUAUGAUUUAGGAAAUAAUUCACUCUGUUCUUCUCUGAAGGGCUUCCCUGCCCCUCCAGCACCUCUUCAAUAAAGAAAGACAGCUGCAGGGGCUGCAGUCAGA